GUUCGUGGAACGCUGAAGAGCUGGACGAAGCAGUGGUGUAUCCUGAAGCCGGGACUGCUGCUGCUUUAUAAGAGUAACAAGGUGAAGGUAUAUGCUGCGCUGCAGCGCAUCAGGGGCUUCGUUGCCGCGCGCGUGUUGCAUUCGCACGCAGGCAAGUGCUGGAUGGAUGCCCUGGAGUUGGCCUUGCGUUGCUCUUCAUUACUCAUUCGCAGCAUGACGAAAGAUGGCCAGGCGAACCAGUCCCUGUUGGCGUCGCAGGCGGUCGACGCUGAGAUGGAGGCCACGGAACCCACACUUCUCAACCCCACUCCUCCUCGACAGCUCCCCCAGCUGGACACGUGGAACGAGUCGGACUGCGAAAGCCCAUUCAGGGACUACGAAAUGGACGACCACCCGAGCACGGACGACGGCGGCCGUGAGCUGGAAGGCGUCGCUUCAGAGAAGACCGACUCUGAGUCGCUGCCAGAGGAGUCAGCGUUCGAGGAGGAUGUCAGGAUGCCGCCGACGGAGACCGCCUACAUUGCGCAGACGAGCGAGAUCGGAUCGUUUCUGGUAGGAGGCGAGGGCGUUCAGACAGAGGAGAUUGCUGAGGAGAAUAAGAGUCUAGUGUGGAUGCUACUGAAGCAGGUGCGACCGGGAAUGGACUUGUCCAAGGUCGUGCUUCCGACCUUCAUCCUCGAGCCGCGAUCGUUCCUCGACAAGCUCACCGACUACUACUAUCACGCUGACUUCCUCUCACAGUUCACUGUUUUGCCAUUCCUGACGGGGUCGGACCAAGUGAACGUCAUUUCGGGGAAGAUCAAGCUCGGCAAGGAGACGCUGUGUACGCUCGAGGGACACUGGGACAGCGAGGUGUACAUCACACACAAGAAGCAGGAGGUGCACCGCUGCUACUGGCGUCGUCCCAACAGCAGCCGCACGUUCUUCAUCGGUGAACAGGUCUCCCACCAUCCACCGAUCUCAGCCUUCUACGUCUCCAACAGGCAGGAAGGAUUCUGCAUCAACGGCAGCAUACUCGCUAAAUCGAAAUUCUACGGCAACUCGCUGUCGGCCAUCUUGGAGGGCUACGGGCGGCUGACGUUUCUCAACCGCGGUGAGGACUACAUCGUCACAAUGCCGUACGCACACUGCAAGGGCAUCCUGCUCGGCACUCUCACGAUGGAGCUCGGCGGAAAGGUCACCAUCGACUGCGAGAAGACCGGAUACCGCGCCGAACUCGAGUUCAAACUUAAGGUGGGCGUCCGCGCGCGUCGUGGAGCCGUACAGGAAGAGGACGCGUUCCUUCGCAUCAAGCACAUCGUCAAGUGGUACCUGUCCGGAUUCUACAAGAAGCCGAAGGGUCUGAAGAAGCCCUACAACCCGAUACUCGGCGAGGUGCACCGCUGCUACUGGCGCCAUCUCAACGGCAGCCGAACAUUCUUCAUCGCAGAACAGUAUAUGCACAGUACGUGA